GGGGGACACUGCAAGGGGAGACUCAGCCAGCAGCAGGGGACAGGGCUGCGCUGCGCAGGACUGGGUGAGUGCCUGAGCUUUAUCUGCAGGGUAUUGGGCAAAGCUGCUGGGCAGAAUGCAGGUGAGCACCCCAGCCAAAAGCACAGGGCAGGCAGCACCCCUGGGCCUUUGGUGGGAAUGCAGCAGAGGAAGGGGCAGAUGGGAUCCCAUUCCUCAGCUCAGAGGACGCGCAUGGGGACAGCUCUGCCCCCUCCAUUUCCCAUCCCAGCCCUGGCCAGCCUGGUUUUGCAGAAACCCCUCCAACUAGCAGCAUGGAGAACGGCCUUUUCUUUUCUUUUGGCAGCACCGCAUCUCCCCCCUCCCCUUUCCCCAGACCCCACCUCAGUGUGGGCUGUCCCCCUUUCUCCUGCAGGAACCAUGGGCUCCCGGCACUUCCCUGCCCGGACCGUGCUCUUUGAGAAGGAGUCCACUGGUGUCACGUACCGCGUGCCAGCCCUGAUCUACCUUCCCUGUGUGGCCAAGCUGCUGGCCUUCGCCGAGGAGCGGCUGAGCGCUGACGAUGCCCACGCCAACCUGCUGGUGCUGCGCCGCGGCACCGUCUAUGGCAGCUACGUGGAGGUGGGACGGGGCCCACGGGGAGGGAGAAUGGCCCCACGGGUGCUGGGGGCUCACUACUCCCUCUCCAAGCAGUGGGAAGACAUGCGGGUGCUGGAGACGGCGGCACUGCAGCACCACCGCUCGAUGAACCCCUGCCCGCUCUACGAUGAGUUCACCGGCACCCUCUUUCUCUUCUUCAUCACCGUGCUGGGCAGGACACCUGAAGCCUUCCAGAUCGUCACCGGGCAGAACGUCACCCGCCUCUGCUGCGUCACCAGCGCCGAUCAGGGUCUGAGCUGGAGCAAGGCCACCGACCUGACACAGCAGGUCAUCGGCAGGGCCAUCAAAGAGUGGGCCACCUUCGCGCUGGGCCCAGGGCACGGGAUCCAGCUGCGCUCCGGCCGGCUGCUGGUGCCUGCCUACAGCUACCACAUCGACUGCAAGGAGUGCUUCGGGCAGCUCUGCAAGACCACUCCGCACUCUUUCGCCUUCUACAGCGACGACCACGGCCAGGGCUGGCGUUUUGGGGAGUUCAUCCCCAACCUGCAGACAGGAGAGUGCCAGCUGGUCUCGGUGGAUGAGGAGGAUGGCUCCAAUGUCCUCUACUGCAACGCCCGCAGCUCCCUGGGCUUCCGUGUCCAGGCGCUGAGCACUGAUGAUGGGGCUGUCUUCCACGGGGGGCAGCUGGUCCCACGGCUGGUUGAGCCCCCACAUGGCUGCCACGGCAGCAUCAUUGGCUUCCCCGCACCUCUGGUGUACGGCCCUCAGCCCCGCUCGGCUCCACAUGUGCUCCCUGCCACGGUUGCUGGCAGCAGGACUUCAACGGGACCUCGCAGCUGGGCCUCAUUCCACAGGGACCCCAAAGGCACUUCUGGGCCCUUCUUCCAAGCGCCAACAUGGGUGCUUUACUCACACCCCACCAGCUCCAUGUCGCGGGUCAACAUGGGGGUUCACCUCAGCACCUUCCCCAGGGAUGCGGACAGCUGGACUGAGCCCUGGGUCAUCUACGAGGGCCCGAGCGCUUACUCAGACCUGGCUUACAUGGAGCUGCCCCACAGCCAGUUUCCUGUCUCUGGUGGCCCAGCCAUCGCUUUUGCCUGUCUGUACGAGAAUGGGAAGCGCUCGCCCUACGAGCAGAUCUCCUUCAGCAUGUUCACACUGCACGACGUGCUCCAGAACAUCCCCCUGACGGCUGCAGUGCCCCGCAAGAAGCGGAGGCGAAAGAGCUGUUGUGUCUCCUAGAGACACCUGCAGCAUCCCCUGGUAGGGGCUGGCCAGGGACAGAUGGGGUCGGCUACCACCAGUGGCCAGGGUGGAGCUGGUGGCACCUGGGGACAGCCUGGCAUGAGCCCUGUGGCACUGUGAGCUGUGCUGAUGUACACCGGGUCAGGAGCUGAGAGCUGGACCAUGUUGAGGGCUGCAGUCCCAAAACAGGGCUUUAUCUCAUUUUUAUUGCUGAUUUUUAAACAUAUGGUGGUUGGACUUACAGGCUCAUGCUGAUAUGACCGUGUCAUCCCCGUUCUCUGCCAUCGUCUCUCUGUCCUACCACCCUUGCAACUCCCUUCUUUCAUCUAAAAUCCUUCCGAAUAAAUAACUGAAUCCUUA